AUGUUAUUUCCUUCUCAGAUAAAAAAUGAUAACAUAAAUGAAAUACUUGAAAAUUUAUUUAAUCAAUUUUUACAACAAACAAAUAUUAUCAAUGAAUUGAAAAACUCUGGAAGAUCUUAUACAUUGUUCAUGCCAACUAAUGGAGCUUUAACACAAAUUGGUGUCACAGCAAAUACAAAUAAAUUGCGACAAUUUGUCCAACGACAUAUAUGUGCUAAUACUUUACUCGAUCCUUUGGGAAACAAUAUUGCAAGAAAAUCGGAAGGAUUUUAUAGCGGACAACGACAACAAUACAGACCUCCAUGGAUGAUGCAACAACAACCGUCAAAAGAAGAAAUACAACAUUUACAACGUCUGUCGCAAGCAUCACCAAUCUCUCUAAGACUACGGCGUCAUGUUGUUUACAUGAAAAAACGUAAACGACGACAGGAUCAUGCUUGGUUUCAAGCAUUGCAGGGCGGUAAAAGGUGGUCUGAGAGACUUCAAGUAGGCUCACACGCAGGUUUCAUUUCCCAAAUAAGAAAUGCAAGUUAUCGACGACCUAUAGGUGGACGUCCUGAUCUUGGUCCUGCUUAUUUUCAACCUGAUCAACAAGUCCAUGGUGGUUACCCAGCUGCACCCUCCUCUUAUGCAGGAAAUAAUCAGCUGUACAAUCCAGGUUCCUAUACACUUGGAGGCUACGAGCAACCCAAUUCACAAUAUCCACCCUAUAAUAGUGCUUAUUAUAGAAAGAUUAACUAUGCAUACAAUCAAGGACAAAACUGGAAUAAUGGCACGAUGAAUACACAAUACAACCAUUUUAUGGUGCUCCACAAUCGUGCAUCACAAUCACAAGGAAGUUAUAUGGUGACAUGUUGUGGUGAUUUAUCUAUAAGUGCCAUGGUACAAUCGUUCAAUAUCUAUCCUCCUGGUUAUGCUGUAUACACGAUUGGAAAAGCUUUACUUUCAUAA